AUGUCUACAACGACCGGCGCGUUCAUUGCCGGAGGCAUUGCAGCAUGCGGGGCGGUCACCGUCACACACAGUUUCGAGACAGUGAAGAUCCGUCUACAACUGCAGGGAGAAUUACAGGCGAAGUCGGAAGCAGUCAAGAAAUACAAGGGUGUCUUGCACGGCGUGAAGGUCAUCCUGCAAAACGAGGGUCCUCGAGGUUUGUUCCGAGGAAUUGGGUCGGCAUAUAUCUACCAAGUCCUUCUCAAUGGUUGCCGUCUGGGCUUCUACGAGCCAAUCCGUAAAGGGCUCACGACCGCCGUGUAUAACGACGCGAAUGUCCAAUCCCUCGGUAUCAACGUCUUCGCUGGUGCUUCGUCAGGUAUCAUCGGUGCCGCUGCAGGCUCACCAUUUUUCCUCGUCAAAACCCGUCUUCAGUCAUUCUCUCCCUUCCUCCCCGUCGGUACGCAACAUCAGUACCGAAACUCGUUCGAUGGUCUGCGGAAGAUCUUCGCUUCGGAGGGAGUAGGCGGACUAUACCGUGGUGUGGGAGCGGCAAUGGUGCGAACUGGUUUCGGUAGCUCCGUUCAGCUGCCGACAUAUUUCUUUGCGAAGAGACGCUUGGUGAAGCAUUUAGGCAUGGAGGAAGGCCCUGCCCUUCACCUGGCCAGCAGUACAGCAUCCGGGUUUGUUGUUUGCUGCGUUAUGCAUCCUCCUGACACGAUCAUGUCGAGAAUGUACAACCAGACCGGUAAUCUGUACAAGGGCGUAUUCGACUGCCUCGCGAAAACGAUUCGCACGGAAGGUCUCCUUGCUAUCUACAAGGGUUACUUCGCUCACUUAGCCCGCAUCCUGCCCCAUACCAUCCUGACCCUCAGUUUAGCUGAGCAAACUAACAAGCUCAUGCGUCGGGCGGAGGACAGGUUCCUUUCAGACUCGCUCAAGUCUCGUCUCUAG